UAGGUUAGAGAAUGUCAUGUCAUGUCAUUUUUAUUUGAAAGUUAAGGCAAUUCAUUCAUGGUCACUUGCUCACAUUGAAAUUGAUUGUUUGUUUAACACAGCAUAAAAUAUUCUGUUUCCAAAAGAUUUUUAAAUAACUAGUUCCUAAUCCUAACAGUAACAUAAUGGCUGCAAUUGCUAAGAAACUAGGGGGCCAACUAAAGAGUAAAGAAUUUAGGGAAUAUCUUACGAGCACCCAUUUUUGGGGUCCAGUUGCAAACUGGGGAAUCCCAAUAGCAGCGAUUGCCGAUAUUAGGAAAGAUCCUGAAUUGAUCAGUGGGAAAAUGACGCUCGCGCUCUGCCUGUAUUCCAUGUGUUUUAUGAGGUUCGCUUGGAAAGUUCAGCCGCAGAACAUGUUGUUGUUUGCUUGUCACUUCACCAACGAAGGAGCACAGCUGACUCAAGGCGCAAGAUUCAUCAACUACCACUACCUCGGAGGCAAGGAUGUCAAGAAAGAGUCUGAAACAAAGAGUUAAUCACACCGAUAACGGCGAUAACAUUCAGAAUGAUAACUUACAUAGCUUGUGAAAUAGUUGUUAGACAACUAGAAGAGAUGCAUGGAUUUCUGAUAGAGGUAACUAAAAGCAAAAUGUGUUCAUUUUCAUUAUAACUGCAACCAACGUACAAAACUUAUUUGUUUUUUAUCUUGUGACAAAAACUCUUGCCAUUCCUAUAUGAUCUUUUCUUCAAUUUAAACCACUUCAACAUUCAUAUUUGGAAUCUCAGUUUAUAACAUAGACUAGACUGUAGUAGAUAUCAAUUUAUCUAGCACUCUUAACAGGGUUAGCAGCUAAACUGUUAAAUCUAUUUUUUGUAAUUUAUUUUGUUUCUUACCGCUGAUUCGGUUAUGGUUCUAUAUAUUGUUAUAUUAAAUAGUUUAUGUAAAUUUUGCUUAGUUUAGGUUAUCAAAAUGGUUAUAGCUUUCCAUAAACAGCCAUUUUCGGCAGCAAUACUUUUUUUAUGUAGGCCUGCACCUACCAAAUUUUAAAUUGUGUUUUAUUUACUUUUGAGAGUACCUACACUUUUUUACCAAUUGAUGUUUUAUUUUACUAUAAAUGAUUAUUUUUCGGGAUAUUUUUAUAGCUACUAUUAAAUUUAUAUUGUAAAUUCUACCUCGAUAAAUUAAUCUCAGCUACCAAUCAUGUAAGGCUAGUCAAAAGUGUGUUUUAUACACGUCAUGUUACCUGAACUUUUUUUUUAAUUUUCAUUAGUGUAAUCGUAGUGCAUACCAUAUUUGAAAUAUUAUAUUUUUUGGAGAGGUGGGGGGGGGGGGGUUAAAGAUGGUCAUUAACAGUAGCAUUUUAUAAUCCAAGACUUCUCAAAACGCCAAGUUAAAACACUGUGAUAGUUUACAAGUUAUUUGAAGUUUUUAACCAUAACAAUAUAUUUUUAUAAUUAUUUGUUUCUUUUGAUCUAGAAUUUAUUUUACUUGGUUCUUUACUAAGAUUUUGUGUAUUAAAUAUGCAUUAAUCUUAAUAAUUUAUAUACAUUGUUCCAUUGAAUUUAUAAGAAGUAUACUCUUUACAAUAAAACUCUUAAUUGUUACUUGUUAUGAAUAAGAAAGAGUCUGUUGUUUUUAAUUAUAUAGAUUAAUUAGUUUAAUCAAAUAAAAUCAUAAAAAAAUA